GUUGCUGUUUGUGCAUGAAGGAGUGAAUGGUGUUUCUCUCUCUGGGAGUAAAACUCUCUGCCUUCGGAAUUAGAAUCCAAAGUGAAGAACCGCUUGGAGCUCGGCUCCAAGUAGAAGCCUGUUCUUCAGGAGGCACUGAGCGCUGACUUACAGCACUUUCUCUGAGAGAGCACGCGAUACUAGUAUUUUUAAGCAAGAGAUUUAAACAAUGGGAAACACAAAUUCCUGUAAUUCCUCACUUAUUGAGGGCCCCGAAGGGGAUGAAAAGUACAUGAUGUCCAGAUUUCCUGGCAGCAUUGUACAUAUAAAAAAAUGGAAAAAGAAAUAUAAAAUAGAUGGGAAGCUAAAAAUUGAUCAAUGGCAAGCAAUUGUGGGAAUUUUGGAGAGUAGUGUAGCAAGAAAAAAGGGGAUAAAAAAAGUUAGAAAGGAAGAUGAACUAAAGUGUGCCAAAUUAUGGUUAAAAGCAGCCAUAGACCGGAAAGAACAAAUUAAAAAGGUUAAAGAAAAAAGGCCAGAAGAUAAUGACAGGCGGAAUGCCUCGGUGGGACGGGGAGAGCAGGUACGGCCGACUGCUCCUCCCCCAACCGCUGCGACAGAUUCGUCUGCCCUUGUCUCAGAGCCACCAAGCUCGGUGGAUAGACAGCCGAGUGCACCUUUUAAUACCAGUGAGGAAGCCACUAUCUUAUUUGUAAGACCAGAAGAUAAUGAGCCCAUAUUUAGUGCAGUUCAAACCCCUCCUCCAAAUAUGCAGCCCCCACCACCCUCAGCUCCUCCAACUCUCACUCCAGCACGAGCCCCAAGUAUCAAACUGACCACAGACCCAGUGUCAGUUCUCACACCUACCAAAAUUUACCCUCCUCUUCCAGUCUCUCCACCCCCAUUAUAUAAUGAAGAAAGUGCAGGUCCAAGUGGUCUGGGACAUUCAUAUGAUCUGAGAAAGUACAGAACUCCUCGAGUUAUGUACAGUUCUGAAGGGGCAGAACAAUAUCCAAUGAUCCAGGUCCCAAAUCCUAAUCCUAGAGAUGCCCAGUCGCCACAUAUUUAUGUUUUUAGACCCUGGACCUUGAAAGAGGCCAGAAAGGCGGUAGAAGGAAUAACACCUGCAUCAGAGGACUCCGAUAAGUGGGUAGAAGAUAUGACUGGAUUAAUCCAUUCAUAUAGACUAAAUGGAGUGGAAGCAGGAGAAGAAGCCAUGUCCUCAUUAGGAAAAGAUUGGGCAAAAGUGAGGGGAAAUUAUACAGGGAAAGAAACUAAUAAUAAUAAUAUGUUAGUUCCAAUUUCAUACCCUCCAGGAGCUAACCCUGCUCUCUCUGAUGCAUUUAAAGCACAAUGGGACCCAUUGUGUGAGAGAGUUAGAGUAAAUUUCCGUAAAAGGGCGAAUUAUAGUCAUUUGUCAGGAAUUAAACAAAAAGUUGGAGAAGACGUAGACGAUUUUCGUCUGCGGUUUGAGAAGGAGUUCAAAGUUCACAGUGGGAUCACUUAUGACGCAGGAGCAGAGGGUGUAUAUCAACAACAGUUAAAAAACGCUUUAAUGUCAAGUUUCCGCCCUGAAAUUGAGGGCUGGAUUAAAAAACACCUAGUUGAAUAUGAUGCUGCCUCAGUCCCACAGCUGAUGACAUGGGCACGUCAUGCAGAAAAAGUAGUUAAAAAACCAAAAACAGGAUCAGAUGUUUUUCAUCUGGAGGAUUUUGGAGAAGUAGACACCUCUGUCUUUUUCCGCGGCUCCUCAAGAGGCCGAGGGAAAAACAGCAGCAGAGGAGGUCGCUAUGAGCAGCCACCCCGAAACUAUACCCCUCAAAAACCACAACGUCCAGAUGGAUGUUGGACUUGUGGUCAUCCUGGCCACUGGGCAAGACAUUGCCCAGAAAACAAAAUAAAUCACCGGAAGGGUGGCAGAUGGGAGAAAAAACAAAAGUAUAACUCCUCAGCAUGACUAGACUUUUCCACAACCAAACAAAACUUAACACCAGAUCAAAUUGAUGAAAUAGUGGAUG